AUGUUUGCUUGUAUGUUUUUUCUUCUCCUUCCCUUCUCAUUGGUAAAUUCAGCUAAGGAUACUCGUGAGGAUUUUCUUCAAUGCCUUCACUCCCAAAACUCCAAUUCCAUUUCUAGUUUCAUUAACACUCCAAACAACUCCUCCUAUUCAUCCCUCUUGCAAAAUUAUACGCAAAACCUUAGGGUUAGGGCAACCAAAACCCUAGAGCCUCUAGUCAUUAUCAAACCAAAGAAGGCGUUCCACAUUCAAACCACCAUUAUUUGUUCCAAAAAACAUGGCGUGCAAAUUAGAAUUCGAAGCGGUGGCCAUGACUAUGAGGGCCUUUCUUAUGUUUCUCCUCUCCCUUUUGUCGUUCUUGACCUAAUCGAUCUUCGAAAUAUUACUGUUGAUUUAGCAAAUAAGAGUGCAUGGGUUCAAGCCGGAGCAAGUUUAGGUGAAGUUUAUUAUAGGAUUGCUGAGAAAAGUAGUACUCUUGCCUUCCCAGCAGGUGUUGGACUUACUGUAGGUGUUGGUGGUCAUUUUAGUGGAGGAGGGGAGGGAAUGAUGAUGCGUAAAUAUGGCAUUGCCGCAGAUAAUAUAAUUGAUGCAAAAAUAAUUAAUGCUGAAGGAAAAAUCCUUGAUAGAGAAUCAAUGGGAGAAGAUCUAUUUUGGGCCAUUCGAGGUGGUGGAGGAAAUACCUUCGGAGUUGUUGUUGCUUGGAAAGUAAAUUUGGUCGACGUGCCACCUGUUGUGACUGUAUUCAAUGUCACAAGAACCUUAGAACAAAAUGCCACAAAUCUUGUUCAUCGGUGGCAAUAUUUGGUGGACAAGUUUCCUGAAGAUUUGGCAUUGAGAAUUUUCGUAAGGAGAGUUAAUUCUAGCCAAGAUGGAAACACAACAAUACAGGCUGCAUUCACUUCCUUGUUUCUUGGUAGAGUUGAUAGGCUUCUUCCAAUAGUUCAAGAGCACUUUCCUGAGCUUGGUUUGACAAAAAAAGAUUGCAUUGAAAUGAGUUGGAUCAAUUCUACCCUCUACUUUGCUGGAAUCCCAAAAGGUGCAUCCUUGGAUGUUUUGCUCAAGAGGGAUCCUCAAGGAAGAAUAUUUUUCAAAGGAAAAACUGACUAUGUCCAUGAACCUAUACCUAAAAAUGCUUUGGAAAAGAUAUGGAAAAGGCUUUACAAAAUGGAUGCCAAGAUGGCUGAAUUACAAUUUACUAUAUUAGGAGGGAAAAUGAAUGAGAUUUCAGAAUUUAGCAUUCCAUUUCCACAUAGAGCCGGAAACUUAUUCCAAAUUCAUUAUGCAUUGCUUUGGCAUGAAGAGAGCAUCAAGGAAAUCAAUUGGCAUAUGAAGUGGAUUAGGGAGCUUUAUGAUUUCAUGGCUCCCUAUGUUGCAAAUCAUCCCCGUACAGCAUAUGUCAAUUAUAGAGAUCUUGAUCUUGGAACCAACAAUAUUCAUGGCAACUCAACAUAUCAAGAAGCUUGUAUAUGGGGUUUCAAAUAUUUCAAGGUCAAUAACUUUAACAGGUUGAUUCAAGUGAAGGCAACGGUUGAUCCAGAUAAUUUCUUUAGAAAUGAACAAAGCAUCCCUUAUCUUGAUCAUUAUGCAGGAUAG